AUGCGCUUCCAGCGGCUCUUGCAAAUGCGCAGAUUGGCGACCAGCGCCAGCGCCAGCGCCACCCUGAUGCGUGCGCCCAAACAGACGACACACCACAGCACGAUGGGCACGUCCCUGAGUGUGAGGACAAUGGCGGGCAGCGGGGCAGCGAUACCGGAACUCACGAAGAUCACGGACAAUGUGCAACGUGGCAACUAUGCGACACUGAACGACGCUGAUGUGGCCCACUUUGAGAAGCUGCUGGGCACGAAUCAUGUCCUCACCGAAGACCUAGAGGGAUAUAACAUUUGCUUCCUCAAGCGGAUACGUGGCAACAGCAAACUGGUACUGAAGCCCGGCAACACGGAGGAAGUGGCCGCCAUUAUGCGCUACUGCAACGAGCGGAAGCUGGCCGUGGUGCCACAGGGUGGCAACACGGGUCUGGUGGGCGGAUCGGUGCCCAUUUGCGAUGAGAUUGUGCUGUCGCUGCAGCGGCUGAACAAGGUGCUGUCGGUGGACGAGGUAACGGGCAUUGCGAUCGUUGAGUCGGGCUGCAUUCUGGAGAACUUUGACCAGCGGGCGAGGGACGCGGGUCUGACGGUGCCGCUGGAUCUGGGUGCCAAGGCCAGCUGCCACAUCGGUGGCAAUGUGUCGACGAAUGCGGGCGGAGUGCGCGUGGUGCGUUACGGCAAUCUGCACGGCUCUGUGCUGGGCGUGGAGGCGGUGCUGGCCAACGGCCAGGUGCUCGAUCUGAUGUCCAACUUCAAGAAGGACAACACCGGCUACCACAUGAAGCAUCUGUUCAUUGGCUCCGAGGGCACACUGGGAGUGAUCACGAAGCUCUCGAUGCUGUGUCCGCACUCCUCGAAGGCUGUCAACGUGGCCUUCAUCGGCCUCAACUCGUUCGACGACGUCCUCAAGACAUUCGUCAGCGCCAAGCGCAAUCUUGGCGAGAUUCUCAGCUCUUGCGAGCUGAUAGACGAGCGGGCCCUGAACACAGCUCUACAGCAGUUCAAGUUUCUCAACGCCCCCAUCUCGGGCUUUCCCUUCUACAUGCUGAUCGAGACCUCGGGCAGCAACGGCGACCAUGAUGAGGAGAAGAUCAAUCAGUUUAUUGGCGACGGGAUGGAGAGGGGCGAAAUCCAGGAUGGUACUGUCACCGGCGACCCAGGGAAGGUGCAGGAGAUCUGGAAGAUACGCGAAAUGGUGCCCCUGGGCCUCAUCGAGAAGAGCUUCUGCUUCAAGUACGACAUCUCGUUGCCGCUGCGCGAUUUCUAUGGCAUUGUGGACGUGAUGCGGGAACGUUGCGGCUCCCUGGCCACCGUCGUCUGCGGCUACGGCCACCUGGGUGACUCCAACCUGCAUCUGAAUGUCUCUUGCGAUGAGUUCAACGAUGAGAUCUACAAGCGUGUCGAGCCAUUCGUGUACGAGUACACCUCCAAGCUGAAGGGCAGCAUUAGUGCCGAGCAUGGCAUUGGCUUCCUCAAGAAGGACUAUCUGCAUUACUCGAAGAAUUCGGUGGCCAUCGACUGGAUGCGCGACAUGAAGAAGCUCCUUGACCCCAAUGGCAUCCUUAAUCCCUACAAGGUUCUCAACUGAACAGGCAGGAUCAUGCUCAGUGAUAGAUCAAAGAUGUAGGUAGAGAUGUAGAUCU